UCCCGGCGCCCCGCUUCGGCUUUCGGGCCCGCGGCGCCCGGCCCUGACCCCCGGGUGUCCCUGCGUCCUGACCCUGCGCCCUUCAUCCUCAGAAGCGGUGCUGGCCGCGCUGGGCCCCGGGUCUGCGAGCCCCGCCGCUCAGCUUGUCGAGGGAUGCGGAGUAAAGAUUGGGGGCUGGACAUUUUAAGAAAGAUUUUAAAAUUCUGAAAUCGGAAUUGCCAGAGAACCCGAGCGAGCCUGUCCGGAAAACUGGAGGCCCUGGGUUGAUCUGCCCAGGAGGCUGCGGCGGGCUCCCGGCCCGAGCCUCGCGGGCAGCCGCCUCUCCCCUGCGGCCGGCGCCUUUGUCUGGAGGGUUUUCGUGGCGAGUUGCACGGAGGGCCGCGGAGCCAGCCCAGCAAGGCACUGGGGUGUACCACAAUCCUGGUGUCAGAAUCCUGGCAGAUGCCGAUUCUGCCUGCCUGGGUUGUUGGUUUUAAUGGCGUUUGCCUGGAAUGCACCACCUUUGGUGGGGGUUGACCUUAGGUGUGUCGCCUAAGGGGUUUGCUAGCCACUUGUGGAAAAGGCUCCCUGUGCUUACUAGGUGCUGUGAAAUACGGGUUUACACAAUGUUACUGUGUCUCCCAAAGGAACGUUAUUAAAGUAUGUUUUUGGUUGCAUGUCAGCCUUGGAUAUUUGAAAGCAAGCAAGAGAGUAUCUAGAAUCUAAUUAAGCAGAUUUCAGUUAUUUGAGGCUUAAGCCUACACUCUCCUCCUGUACCUCCUGCAUGUAUAUUGAUUAUUAUUACCCAACAAUGUUACACUUUCAUGAAUAACAUUAUAAGAACAUUAUAAGACACAAUUUCCAAAUGCGUUAAUGUAAGCUAGGGAUGGUGGUGGAUCAUGCGUGUAAUCCUAGCAGUCUGGGAGGCCGAGGCAAGGGGGAUUGCCCUUCCCCCUUAAUGCCCUCCCUGCACUAACCACAAGCUAUUUCAGUAGAGAUUUGUCCCCAAAAUUUAUUUUUAGCCACAAAAUUCCUUAAAAAUAAACCAACCCCUUACAUGGCUCUUUACAGUUUGAGUAAUUGGUAUAAUGAUGAGACAAAUCAAAAGUUAAUCAACAGUUCUGCAGCAGGACUCCAUUUCAGGUGUUGUAGACCAAGUGCCCAGCUUCUGAGGAAGAAACCACUGCAUUCUGAUAGGUUUUUUUUUUUUACAUGUAAUGUAGCUUUUAGUGUUUUAUAAAGAUCUGCAUAUAAUUGUUUCCACAUAUUCUGUGAAAUUAUAGUCAGUAUUAACACAGUUUUGUAAACAUACGAGACAAAACGAAUGAAGUGCUCACACAGUGAACUAUAUACCAUGAGGAUUCAAAUCAGCACUUUUCUGUUGCCACAAUUGGCCUGGUGGACUUGUGAAGGAAUUCCCUUUGGACUAGGUCCAUGGUAGAUAAUAUUCAGGACUGAUGUUAGUGCCUAAAUUGCAUUGUUUCCCAUUGGAAUAUAUGCUCCCCGCAAGAUUGGCCUAUUGCCACUGCCAAAUCGCUAUCAGUGGAAGAAUCUUCAGCAAGGAUAUUGUUAGUGUGCUUGAAUUCAUUUUCUGUGUAUGUUUUAGUAUUGUCGCUUGCCAUUCCAAAUGAGACCUGCUUUUAGUGUAUCAUUUUCCCCCGCGAUCUAUUAUUUAUUACCUGAGCGCAUGAGGAAGGCGGUGUUGUGAUACACACGUUGGUAAACGUCUUGGUGAGACCAUACUUUGUAUUUUUACCGUGUGUAAUUACAUUUGAGAUCAAGCAAAGCUUAGUUUUGUUAUUGAUUUUCCUCGGUGAAGAUGGAUUUGUUACCUGGGGAUUGCAGUUGAUGACGUUUUGAUAUUAAUAUGUUUGCUGCUGCUACCAAGAGCUUUGUCAAGCAAGUUGGAGAUGGAGGGAGAUUAGUUCCUGUUCCAAGCCUCAGUGAAGCUGACAAAUACCAACCUCUAAGUCUGGUGGUAAAAAAGAAGCGAUGCUUUCUGUUUCCUAGAUAUAAAUUUACCUCAACGCCCUUUACACUGAAAGAUAUUCUCCUCGGAGAUAGAGAAAUUUCAGCUGGCAUUUCAUCUUAUCAGUUAUUGAAUUAUGAAGAUGAAUCAGAUGUUUCACUCUAUGGACGUCGAGGCAACCAUAUUGUAAAUGACGUUGGGAUUAAUGUUACUGGAUCAGAUUCCAUUGCAGUAAAAGCUUCAUUUGGUGUAGUUACUAAACAUGAAGUGGAAGUAUCAACAUUACUAAAGGAAAUUACUACACGAAAGAUUAACUUUGACCACAGCUUGAUACGUCAGUCAAGGAGCAGCAGGAAGGCAGUGUUGUGCGUGGUCAUGGAAAGUAUUAGAACCACACGACAGUGCUCGCUGUCCGUCCACGCGGGAAUCCGAGGGGAAGCAAUGCGGUUUCAUUUUAUGGAUGAACAGAAUCCCAAGGGAAGGGACAAAGCUAUUGUUUUUCCAGCACAUACAACCAUAGCUUUCAGUGUUUUUGAACUCUUCAUUUACCUGGAUGGUGCCUUUGACCUUUGUGUCACUUCAGUGUCAAAAGGAGGAUUUGAAAGGGAAGAAACGGCAACAUUUGCACUACUCUACAGACUGAGAAAUAUACUAUUUGAAAGAAAUAGAAGAGUGAUGGAUGCCAUUUCUCGCUCACAGUUUUACUUGGAUGAUCUUUUUUCUGACUACUAUGACAAACCUCUCAGCAUGACUGAUAUUUCGCUUAAGGAAGGGACUCACAUCCGAGUUAACUUACUCAAUCACAACAUUCCCAAAGGGCCUUGCAUACUCUGUGGAAUGGGGAACUUAAAAAGGGAGACAGUCUAUGGCUGCUUUCAGUGUUCUGUGGAUGGACAGAAGUAUGUUAGACUUCAUGCAGUCCCUUGUUUUGAUAUUUGGCACAAGAGGAUGAAAUAAAAAGAAAAAUGGAAUAUA